UUUUCAAAGCUCGACUACUCCACUACGAAGAUGGUUGUACCAAGACCAAACGAUACGUGUACGGAAAGCUUUCGGUGCGACCGGUUCAAGCGCUGGUUUCUUGUGUCACCUUGGCGUUUUUUUUCGCUUCAGAGUAGUCAAGUUUGACAAUGGGUCGAGGGGGUGUGCUACCUUUCACACCCGACGGUGAUAUUGUAGGUGUGCCCUGGAAAUCAGUUUCUGCCACGCUGGGAACGUCGGGGCGAGCCGCGAAGAACCUCAGGAAAAACCAAGCCAAGUACGAACAGGCGUCGGGGCAGUCUGUGUACGCCGCCUGCGCAGCGUCAAACACACGGCGUGCGGUCGAAAGGGGCGGUGUUGCCGCCGCACAGAAAGCGCUGACAGAAAAGGAGCAUGAGUUGGUCGAAAGUAAACAGCGCGAGGCGGCAAGCACCGCUGAGUGCAGCAUGGCUCAGGAGCUCGCGCGCGAGAGCACCGAGGCGCUCAAGGAGGAGAAGGCUAAGAGAGCAGAGGCAGAGCGGUUGCGGACGGCGCUAGGGUGUUUUUUGGUUCUGGCGGGGUUCUUCGGAGCGUUCGAUGUGAUUUUAUUGGCUCGAGCGAUUUUCCAUCUGGAAGAUCCAGGACACUUGUCGAAAUUUUUUCCUAGACACGCACUGCCCUCGGAUGUGUAUGUCUUUUGUUUUCGCCUUUCCUUAGCCGAGUGUGUCCAAAAAUUCGGCGACACCGUCUCGGCGCUCCGAGUGGCCAACGGCAGUACGGAGGAAGAGGGGGCGGCGGCCAGCGCGGCGGCCACUGCACAGCUUACCCUUGUCAUCGACGCGUUCUUCAGCUGGGGGUACCACUGGCGGCUCCCCUACACGGGGCUGACGGAGGACGAGGUCGUCGCCCACCUUCAGGCGGCCAGGGAGUUCACCUUCUCCGACGCCGACCCCACCGACUGCAUCGCCACCGCGGUCGCGGGGGGUAGCCCGGCGUGCUGCCUGAGCUGGGCGGCCACGAAGCUGGAGACCGACCUCAUCUUCGCCGGGGUGGACGACAACGAUGGUUCCAUCAAGUACCUCAUGACAAGCCAAGCAAACUUCCCCAUCAACCACCCGGCGUGGAUCAGCACGAUGGAAGACAGAGGGGUCACGACCGAGGAGGGCAGAGAGGCAAUUGCCCUGGGGUGGGAGGCCGCGAUGGUCGACGACAUGACGCCGCGGUUCGAGGGAGAGGCAGGGAGCGGCUUCGGCGAGGGGGAGACGUUCGAGGAGGUCGACCUCGACUUCUUCGUGAAGAGGAGCGGCGACGACAUCAUUGAGAACGGCAACAUCCCGGAGCCCUACCUGAUCAUCAUCGCCUACCUGGGCAUGGUUAUCUUCGCGGCCGUCUCCAUGGGCUCGUGGAAGUUUUCGGAGCCCAAGUCGGUCGCGCUGUACUCGCGGGUGUUGCUGUCCCUGGGAGGCAUGUUUGUGGUGGCGCUGUCGACGGCGGCGUGCCUAGGCUUCAUCAGCGCCCUCAGCAUCCCGCUUACCCCGCUGUCGGUCUCCGUCGUGCCCUUCCUGUCUCUGGGCAUCGGCAUCGACGACAUGAUCAUCUUCAUCUACACGCUCGGAAUAAAGGUCAUACACCGCUGA